GUGUCAUAAUUAGUAUCGGAAGUAGCUUCUGGAUCUCUUUCUUUAAUUGAUUAAUAAUAUUUUUAGAUAUCUUUUCAAAAUUUAGUUUAAAUUAUAGACGUAAGACUGGUAGUGUUAAUCCUAACAAAAAUCGUAUGAAAUUGAAAUUUAGUUAAAGAGAUUUCACAAUAUGGAAUGGCUAAGUUCCAGAGUUUUAAAGGCAUUUUGGAGACCUUCUGUAAAUAUUGUCAGGACACGUUAUCAUGCUGAGAAACAGCAGCUAGUCAGAAGAUAUGGGUAUGAAGAAAAGAUAUGGUGUGGUGGAUUAUUACCCAGAUCUAAUGGACGUUGUUUACCAAUGCCGGAGUACAGACCUGCAAACCCCUGGACACAGAGAAAAGCAUUGUAUGGACAGAAUGAUUACAUAGAUAUUUUGGGAAAUAAAGGUUUACAUCCUGUUAAAACAUUGUAUACAAUUCCUACAUGGAUAAAAGGUGUCAGUGGGAAUGAAUACCAGGUUAUGCUACGUAAGAAAAAAAUGCUUGCAACAACUUCUUAUCCAAAAGUGAGGCCUACCAAAUGGAAGGAUUUAGAAAAACGUUUAAAAUACCUAUACAGAAGACUUAACCAAAAAACAAAAACUGGAAUGUCUAGCGAUUAGUCCUUUCAAAGUUAUUGUUUAGUUUAUUGCACUAAUUCCUAAUAAAUCUAUAGCUAUUAG